AUGGCACUUUAUACAAACCUUCCGGAGGCAAUUGAUGAGGUGGACGUGAUCAUUGCAGGAGGUGGGACGGCUGGCUGUGUCGUUGCUGCGAGGCUCGCCGAUGCAGACCCUGGGUUGUCCAUCUUGGUGAUCGAAAGCGGACCGAGCAAUGAGUUGCCAACCGUCGAGUAUCCAGCCUGCUUCUUGACCCAUCUCGCACCAGACAGCAAGACCAGCCAGUUUUACCUGACAAAGAAGUCGCCCGAGGUUGCUGAUAGAUCACUCAUUCUUCCCACGGCUAGUAUACUGGGAGGCGGAUCAUCGAUCAACUUCAUGAUGUACAGUCGGGCUCAGCGAUCCGAUUGGGACUCUUGGAAUACCCCAGGGUGGUCCGCCGAUGAGAUGCUGCCCUACUUGAAGAAGCUCGAGACAUACCACGGCGAGGAUGCAAAAGGUGUCCACGGCCACGACGGCCCGAUACAUGUGUCCCGUGGCACAUAUAACUCACCCAGGAUUGAGAACGAAUUCAUCGCCGCAGCAGAGAACGUGGGCUGGCAGGAAGCACCGGACCUGACAGAUAUCGACUCCGUCAAUGUCACGUGGCGAGCCAGGCGAUUCAUUUCACCCAGUGGAAAGCGUCAAGACGCAGCAUCCACCUACCUCCUCCCGCGACUUCGCGAUGGGAAGCACCCAUAUUUGAACGUCCUCGUUGAAUCUCAGGUCUGCCGUAUUUUGAUAGACGAGAAUAAGAAGGCUACUGGGGUCGAAUUCAGGCCCAACCCACUUUUCCACACAGACAGUACGGAGCAGCCACUGCGCAGUGUCAAGGCGAGGAAGCUUGUCAUCGCGUCCAGCGGCGCUUGUGGAACGCCGCCACUCUUGGAACGGUCUGGCGUCGGUGACCACAAGGUUCUGGAGCGUGUCGGCGUCCCUGUUCUUGUUGAUUUGCCCGGAGUCGGCAACGGCUAUGAAGACCAUCAUCUGCUUGCUUACCCAUAUCUCAAUGAACUGGAAGCCGCUGAUACGCUCGAUAAAAUUAUCUACGGGCCAUCGGUCAGCUUCGAGGAGCUGAUGAAGGCUGACCACGAGAUGCUAGGAUGGAAUGCUCAGGAAAUACAGGUCAAAGUGCGGCCGAGAGAGAGUGAGGUUACCGCCCUCGGACCUGAUUUUCAAGCCGCCUGGAAUCAAGAAUUCAAACCUUACCCAGAUAAACCAUUAGCGGUGUUAAGCGUAAUCGCUGGUUUCCCAGGAGACCCUCGCCUUGCCACUGGUGAACCCUGUCUCUCAGUAACGGUAUUCACCGUAUACCCCUUCUCGCGCGGGAAAAUACACAUCACAAGCCCCGAGGUGGGCGUCCCCGUGGACUUCGAGACGGGUUUCUUCGCCGAUGAGGGCCAGCUCGACGUGAAGAAGCACAUGUGGAUGUACAAGAAGCAGCGCGAGGUCAUCAGGCGCAUGGCAUGCUACCGCGGCGAGAUGGCCAACUGCCACCCGCCCUUCGCCACCGGGUCGAGCGCCGCGUGUGUCCAACUCACCGACGGCCCGCUGCCCGCCGGCAUUCCAGACAUCGAGUACUCGGCCCAGGAUGACGCCAUACUCGAGCAGUGGCUGCGCGAGAACGUCGGAACGACGUGGCACUCGCUUGGGACGUGCAAGAUGCUUCCUCGCGACGAGAUGGGUGUCGUUGAUUCUGGUCUCGGUGUUUACGGUGUGGGAAACCUCAAGAUUGCCGAUCUGAGCAUCGCUCCACAUAACGUGGCCGCCAAUACCAACAACACGGCGCUAGCUAUCGGCGAAAGGGCGGCUGAUAUUUUUAUAAAGGAACUGGGGCUGGGAUCUUUGUAG